AGCUUUGAACUAGCUUCCUUUUUCUUGGUAAACUGGACGCAACAUAUGUUUGUCUAAAAGCCUUAACUUCAAUCAGCAUGGUGCAACUCCUGCUGACGAAACCCAAAUGUAUUCCUGAAUAUGGACUGAGGAUGGAUUUGACCCACUGCAGCCUUUAAAAAGAUGUUUGGUCCAAGAGUGUGUUUGAGUUAUUCCAUCAUGAUGAAGAAGCUCGUUGCGUUUGCUGCUCUGCUUGUUGCUGUUCUCAGCAAGGGAGACUUCCAUGGGCAUCAGGUUUUCCGGAUUGUCCCGAAAGAUGAUGUCCAAUUGGCCCUUGUUAGAGUUUUGGAAGACAUAUUGGACUUGGAGCUGGACUUCUGGAGAUGGGUGACGCCUGUGGAUGUCAGAGUUCCCUCUCAUAGCCUGCAGGUUGUCAAGACCUACCUAGAGAAUCACUGCAUCAAGUACUUCACCAUGAUUAAAGACUUACAGGCUUUGCUGGAUGAGGAGCAGAGGCAGAUGAAGUCCAUCACUCCUGCUGGAAACACUGACAGCUUCGACUACACCACCUACCACACCCUCAGUGAGAUCUACAGUUUCCAGGACAUGUUAGUGGCUGAGAAUCCAAAGUUGGUCAGCAAGACGGUGAUCGGUCAGAGCUAUGAGGGUCGUCCGCUUAAUGUUCUCAAGUUCAGUACUGGUGGAAGCAACCGUCCCGCUAUCUGGAUCGACACUGGAAUCCACGCCAGAGAGUGGGUCACUCAGGCCAGUGGCAUUGUGUUCGCCAAGAAGAUUGUGACAGAAUAUGGAACAGACUCUGCUCUCACUGAAAUCCUUAACAGAAUGGAUGUUUUCUUAGAGAUGGUGGUCAACCCUGAUGGAUACCACUUCACCCACACCAACAACCGAAUGUGGCGUAAGAACAGGAAGCAGAAUCGGGGCUCCACGUGUGUUGGUGUGGACCUAAACCGGAACUGGAAUGCUGGGUUUGGAGGACAUGGUUCCAGCAACAAUCCAUGCUCAGAGAUCUAUCGUGGAACCAGGGCUCAUUCUGAGCCUGAAGUCAAGUCCAUUGUAAACUUUGUGAGGUCUCACGGCAACAUCAAGGCCUUCAUCUCCAUCCAUUCCUACUCACAGAUGCUUUUGUUCCCCUACGGUUACACCAGGAAACCUGCCAAAGACCAGGCUGAGCUGGACCAAGUUGCUCAAAAGGCCAUCACUGCUCUGGCCUCCUUGUAUGGCACCAGCUACAGAUAUGGCAGCAUCAUCACCACUAUCUACCAAUCUAGUGGAGGCUCCAUCGACUGGACCUACAACCAGGGAAUCAAGUACUCCUAUACCUUUGAACUGAGGGACACCGGCCACUUUGGCUUCAUCCUUCCUGCCAAUCAAAUUGUUCCCACUGCCAAUGAGACAUGGCUGGCUCUGAAGGUCAUUAUGGAUCACACCUUCAAGAACCCGUACUAAAAGAACAGAGUGAAAGCCUUGAGGCCUUCCAUGUAGUUUUAUUUGCAAAUAUAAAACAAAGAAAAUAAAAAUGCAUACAUUAAAAUAA